GCGGACCUGUUUAAAUGUUUACGUGAUUUUCUUCAGCAAUCGUAUAAGAAAAAGAAUUUCUGAUAUAAGUGAAGAUAAAAACUAGCUUUUAAGUCUAUUGAUGUGAUUAUUUUUUAAUAAAACAUAAUUAUGGAUAUUCCUCGGAUUAUGGUCUUUCGACCAAGCUAUGCUGAAUUUAAAAAUUUUUCUGAAUACAUUUCGUACAUGGAAAAAUGUGGAGCUCAUAAAGCUGGUCUUGCAAAGAUAAUACCGCCACCAGAAUGGGUACCACGAAAAAAUGGCUACAAUAUAGACGAUAUUGACAUUACAAUUAAGAGUCCAAUUCUUCAAUUUGUCACGGGAAAGCAAGGAUUUUAUCAGCAAUUUAAUGUACAAAAGAGACCAAUGACUGUCAAAGAUUUUUACAAUAAAGCCAAUUCGGAGCGGUAUGCAACGCCAAAAUAUUUCGAUUAUGAAGAUUUGGAGAGGAAAUUUUGGAAAAAUGUUACUUACAUUCAACCUAUUUAUGGUGCUGACGUUAGUGGAAGUAUAACUGAUGAAGACGUUGAUGUCUGUAACAUCAAUCGUUUAGGGACAAUAUUAGAUUAUAUUGUUAAGGACUAUCAUAAAGCUAUAUCUGGUGUGAAUACAGCGUACUUGUAUUUUGGGAUGUGGAAGACAACCUUUGCAUGGCACACAGAAGAUAUGGAACUAUACUCCAUUAAUUAUCUACACUUCGGAGCACCAAAAACAUGGUAUUCAAUACCACCUUCAGAGGGUCGCAGAUUUGAAAAGCUUGCCAACUCAAUGUUCCGUGAGAAUCAUGCAGAAUGUCCAGCUUUCUUGCGACACAAAAUGACUUUAAUCAGUCCACAAGUAUUGAGACAACACAAUAUUCCGUUCAAUAAGAUCACACAAGAGCCAGGCGAGAUCAUGAUAACUUUCCCGUUUGGAUAUCAUGCUGGCUUUAAUCACGGCUUUAACUGUGCUGAAAGUACUAAUUUUGCAUCUGAAAGAUGGAUUGAAUAUGGAAAGAGAGCAAUUCAUUGUCAUUGCAGAAAAGAUAUGGUAAAGAUAUCAAUGGAAUGUUUUGUAAGAAGGUUCCAACCAGAUAAAUACCAAAACUGGCUAGAAGGAAAUGAUUGGGGUGAACAUCCAGAAGAGCCUGGAAAGAUUACAUUGGCACCAAAGCCUAUAUUAAAUAAGAAAUUAAUGCUCGUUUCUUGUAGAGAGAUUCAGAAACGAGGUUGUGCACCGAUGAAGAUGAAAAAGAAAAGAAAGUCAAAAUUGAAGCUGGACGAGAAUGAUGAAGAGGAAGAACCAAAGUUCAAAAUCAAGAAAGAGAUUGCCUCCACAUCAAGUAUAGAAUAUGAAUUCUCACCAGUUUCAGACGAUUCCCCACCUCCAAUGAAAGCAGAAAAGGAAGAUCUCUGGGAGACACUCGAAAAUGCAGGCCAAAUUAAAGAUUUAUUACCAACUGGAAUGAUUAAAAACUCAUCAAAAUUACGAUUUGAUGUGAAAGAAAUAUCAUUGACCGAAGAUGUUUAAACAAGUCAUUUUGUCUGAAAAUGAAGAAGCAUUUUCAUUGACGAUAUGUGAGAUAAAAAGAAGGAAUGGAUGAAUGGACAGAAGACGUACGAAAUAAGUUUAUUGCACUUUGAUGGUUUUAAGUGAGCAUUACACGCGACUUUUGUGUAUGGACGAGAUAAUGUGGAAGGAAAAUAUUCAAAAUAUAAUAUUAAUGUGCAAUUAGGAUUAUAAAGUAUGACUCAGAAGUUGAAGAUUGAUGAAUUUUGAUUGAGUGUAUUGGAUUUGUUGAGAUUUAAAGUCUUAAUUUGUAAAUGGAUUUGGAGAAGUUUAAUGAAUUCAAGAUUCUACAAGUUUGGUUGAACGGAAUCAGUUCAAUUUCAAUUUGACUACUAUGAAACUUAAUAAGCCUGAAACGACUAUCUAUCUUGACCUUAUAUCAACUUAAACCAUACUCAACAACAUCCAUUAAUCUUCAGUUCCUGUAAUUGAUAAUGAAAAACAUAAUUUUCCUUACGAAUCACCAAAAAAAUGAAUACGAAUGUUGUGGAUAGAUUACUACUAAAAAAAUGAAUAAUGACUGCAUACUACUUUAAUUGUAAUGAUAUUUUAUAAAGAAACAAUUCUUAAUUAAUUAAUGAAAAGAGAAGCAAAAGUGAAAUUCACUUUAGAUGAUGAGCCUAAGAAAGAUAUGAAGUUUCUAAAGGUGGAAAUGAAAUAAAUUUGAUGAAUUUUCUUUUAUUAAAGAAAAUAUUGGAAUUUUGAGGAUACUGGAUAUCUAAAAUCAUAGAAAAAUGCUAUUAAUGGUCGAAUGCAUUAAUUUGAACGUUUAAGUUUUAGUAAAACUCAGAAACUGAUCUAAACUAUCAAAUCAUUUCCACCAAACUUCACUUCCAAGAAUGAGCUUAAUUUUAAUAUAUUUUUGUCUUCAAUCAUGUGCGAAACUCUUUUGCCUCUUUAUAAUUUAUCCUUAAAAAGUGAGAAAAAAAAGUCAAUACAAAAUGUUUAAGACUAUCUAAGUUUCAUCAUUUCUUUUGUAAUAAUUUAUUAGAUAAAAAAUUUAAAACAUUUACAUUUAUUUGAUCUCAAUAAGUCAAAAAGAAAAGCAAAUAAGCUCGUUUUUUCUUCGUUUUAAAAGAUAAAAACAAUUAAUUUGCCAUGUUUCAAGUUCAUUUAAUAAUUUGUUGAGCGACACAAGUUUUUGGAAAUUAGCUGUGACAUAAUAUUUCAAGCAACUGUUGCAUGUUCUAUUAAUAUGUGUAUCACGGAUUAUAUUGCAUGCAACAGUUGUGCUUCAAAUGAACUUAUGAGUUUGAAAUCAUAUUCAACUGAUUAAAUAGAAGAUGUCACUUAAUGUUGCGCAACUGUCACACAACAAAUGUUGCGCGAGAGUCAUACAACUGUUUUGUGACAAACAUAAUCAAUUUUUAUGUUGCACAACAGUUGAAAUUUAGUCGUAUGUUGCGCAACAGUCACACAACCAUAAAAAUACAACCAAUUAAGACAAAAAUUGUAUCGCAACUGUUGAUGCAUCGAUCUUGUGUCGCUCAUAAAUUCGUCUUGAAGUAAAAUUGACCUUAUAAUAAUCACUAAUGUUUCUGAUUGUUAGGAAAAAGGAUUCAAAUCGCUACUAUUAAAGUUUCAUCAAAAAAUUACUGUAUAAGAAUAAAAAUUCAUCUGUUUAUUUGACUUAAAGCGCAGUUUUUUCAUUUAAAUACUCUCCAGUAUCAAAUAGGUCAUUGCAGAUAAGCUUAAAGCUAUACAAGUUCAUGAUAUCUUGAUUUAGUGGUCAUAGAGAGUUGAUUGAAUAAAAGUGGAUGUAGUUUUAGAGUCAACAAAACAGUCAUGAUGUCAUUAUCUGAUAAAAAUGAGUUUGUAGUGCAAUAUUUAAUUGUAAACAAAUUUAUCAGUUUGAAUGAAGAUUGUUUACAAAUAUAAAUCAUGUAAUCUUACUGUUUAUUGAUAGAAAUG